AUGCAAUUCCAGUGGGAUUGGCUGUGCUUUAGUGUCUUGUUGUUCAAUGCAGUAAGUGCAGAAUCUCAAGGUUCAGAAGUUGAGGUGGAAGAUUUUGACAAGAAUUCAGAAGAUGCUAAUGUCGAUAAAGGCGGAUCAUCUCUGGAGGUUGUAUACAAGACCCCAAAGCCUACUGGAGAAGUGUAUUUUACUGAAACCUUUGAUGAUGGAAUACUGUCUGGAUGGGUUUUAUCUCAAACUAAAAAAGAGGAUACAGAUGACGAUAUUGCUAAAUACGAUGGAAGAUGGGAAAUAGAACCACUAAAGGAGAAUAUGGUGCCUGGUGACAGAGGAUUAGUAUUAAAAUCAGUAGCAAAGCAUCAUGCAAUAUCAGCUAUGUUAACACAACCAUUUAUUUUUGAUAGUAAGCCACUGAUAAUUCAGUAUGAAGUAAAUUUUCAAGAUGGCAUUGAUUGCGGUGGUGCAUAUGUUAAACUUCUUUCCAAAAGCGAUGACUUGAAUCUGGAAUACUUUUUCGACAAAACAGCAUACACAAUUAUGUUUGGACCAGAUAAAUGUGGAGAAGAUUAUAAACUACAUUUCAUCUUUAGGCAUAAACACCCUAAAACAGGAGACUAUGAGGAAAAACAUGCCAAGCGUCCUGACGUAGACCUUAAAAAAUUUUAUACUGACAAAAAGACUCACCUGUAUACCCUUGUACUGAAACCUGACAACACAUUUGAAGUGUCAAUUGACCAAACAAUUGUUGCCAAGGGAAGUCUCCUAGAAGAUAUGGUUCCACCUGUGAAUCCUCCCCGAGAAAUAGAAGAUCCCAAUGAUAAGAAACCCGAGGACUGGGAUGAAAGAGCUAAAAUUCCUGAUCUCACUGCUGUCAAGCCAGAUGACUGGAAUGAAGAUGAACCUCCCAACAUAGAAGAUCCUGACGCUGUUAAGCCUGAAGGUUGGCUUGAUGAUGCACCAGAAUACAUUUCAGAUCCCAAUGCAAAAAAGCCAGAGGAUUGGGAUGAGGAAAUGGAUGGUGAAUGGGAAGCCCCACAGAUUCCUAAUCCAAACUGUGAGACUGCACCUGGCUGCGGAGAAUGGGUACGCCCCAUGAUGAACAAUCCAAACUAUAAAGGAAAAUGGAAACCACCAAUGAUAGACAACCCUAAUUAUCAGGGAAUAUGGAGCCCUCAAAAAAUCCCUAAUCCUGAUUAUUUUGAAGAUCCUCAUCCUUUCCAGAUGACUCCAGUCAGUGCUGUUGGCUUAGAACUUUGGUCUAUGACAUCUGAUAUCUACUUCGAUAACUUCAUAAUCUGUUCAGAGAAGGAAGUAGCUGAUCGAUGGGCAGCAGAUGGCUGGGGCUUAAAAAAAUUGGUUGCGAGUGCUAAUGAACCUGGUAUGUUUAGUCAGCUUGUAACUGCUGCAGAAGAACGCCCAUGGCUUUGGAUCCUUUACAUCUUGACUUUAGCACUACCUGUAGGAUUGGGUGUAUUAUUUUGUUGGCCAUCUAAGAAAAUAGAUGAAGAUUUGGAGUACAAAAAAACAGAUAUUGCCAAGACAAAGACAAAAGGUGAAUUAGAACAAGACAUACAAGGACAAGAUGAAGAACUAGAUGGACCCAAUGACAAUGCUGGUGAUGGUGAAGAUGAUGGUGGUGAAGAUGAAGACACUGAAGAGGAAAAUGAAACUGCUCAAGGAAGACAUGAAGAAGAGGGCAAUAAAUCAAAUAAAUCUGGCUCAGAAGAUGAGAUGAAAGAAGCAGAUGAAAGCACAGGGUCUGGUGAUGGUCCAGCAAAAUCAGUACGCAAAAGAAGAGUACGGAAAGACUAACUUAUUUCCAACUAGUAUUGAUUCCCAGUG